AUGCCGUCCUUAUUCUCGCCCCCAUCCUCUCCAUCACCUAAAAUCAACAUUGCAUCAGGCCCUUUGCCAUCAUAUCUCUCUGCCUCACAAGCUCCCACCAAAAAUUCACCCUGGAGAACCAUUCGCAAUGUUGGUUUCGUUCAAUCUGCGACCACUAUCCUGCCAGAUGAGCUAUACCAAAUCAUAUGGGCAAAUGUGGACGCGGCGAUGACGAAGACAAGAUAUGCGAAGGUGAUCAUGAGAUUGGACGAGCUUCUUCAGGGGGACUUCUUCACCGAGUACAUCAAACGAGGAGAUAUUCUCAUGCUCUCCGAGGGAGAUCCCGGUGUUGACAGCGUCUUCUAUCUUAAAGAUGGUAUAUUACGCUUGGAGCUAUCAAAGGAGAACUAUGAGCGUGCUGGCUUGCAAGGCACCCCUAUCCGCUCUGGAGGUCGAAAGCAUGUCAAGUCAAGAUAUCUUAUUGAACUCAAUCUUCGCCUUCCCUCCAUGGUACAUGGCAAAAAGGGGUUUGAAAGACUUGUCUGGGCAGCCAAAAAUGUCCUUAGUCAAAGCCUAACUUGGCUAUUUCUGGACCUAAACGACGAUAAAGGUUCUUCGUCCGAACGGUCUGGGCCGAUUGCUGCUCAUCAUCCCACGAUCCAUACCCUGAUUCCUUCUAUUGAGACCCUAUCAACCGCCCUGACGCCUUCGUCGCUAACGUCCGCUUUGUGUCUUUCACCAACCACGACUCCUUGCGAAGAAACACAAGAAUCCCUCCACGAACUAUUUGAGUAUGUCGACAUGCUAGCUCUCUCUUCGCCUCGCGUGCAGGUGGCAGAUAAAGUCGACCCAUUCAUCAGUCGAUACGCAGUGCCUGAUAUUUCGCACGGACUUGACCUGGACGUCUCGAAUAGACCGGGACAGAAUAUCAAGGCAUUGAAAUGGACAGGCAUGAUUCCGACCCAAUGGGUCUUGGGAUUGAUGUAUGCAAUCAUAAAGCAAUCCCGAACAAAUAAUCUUCAAACACUCCCUCCACAAUAUCACUGGCUUGCCCUGACCGUCUCAGCGCACAAGACGCAAGCAAUUGACCAGAUUGACGGGUACACUAUCCUCUUACAACCCUUCAGCAGCAGGGGUCUUCCUGGAGGACUCCAGGAGGACAGUGAAACGAUGGUGGAUGGCAAACCAAAUGAAGAUGUAGACGGGGACUUGGAAAUGGAGGGAUCCAAUUCUGGCACACGGGCAGGCCCAGCUAUCCUGCCUCGCGAUCAGUCCCGGUCGCAGCCGACGUCGUCUAUGCCACCAUCGAUGUCGACGGCUCCACGUGCAGGAUUUCACCACUAUCUCUGCGCAGAGUACGUUGACAGCCGAAUAUAA